AUGAACAUUGGUGCACCUAUUGAAUCUAUUAAUUUAAUUCAAGAUAUCGGUAUAGUCGAAUCUUCGGAUAUGAAAUUUUCUAAUCACUGUUCUUUCAUUGCAAGCAAGGCACAUUCUUGUUCCUACUUACUUUUAGAAUCCUUCAUUAGUAACGAUUUCAAGCUUCUGAUCAAAGCCUAUAAAGUUUAUGUUCGACCUAUCAUAGAAUCUUUUAACUCUGUGUGGAAUUCCCAUCUUUUAAAAGAUAUACGCCGAUUAGAAAAGGUUCAGAAAUCCUUUAAUAGAAGUGUCUGUAAAAGAUAUCGUAUUCCUUAUAAAGAUUAUUCUUUAAGACUCAAUAUCUUCAAUCUAGAAUCCCGUGAAUCCCGUAGAACAAAAUUUGAUCUUGUAAUGAGCUAUAAAAUUAUGCACAACCUUGUCGAUCUACCUUUUUCUGAGUUUUUUACAUUUGUUCCUUUUUACUAUCCUGCAAGAUGUCAUGCACAAAAACAUUAUUCAAGUAUUAAAUGUAAGAAUUAUACAGGAAGAUUUUUAUACUGUGAAAGAAUUAUCAAGAUAUGGAAUUCUCUAUUUGAUUAUAUUGUUUACUCGUCCACUUUGUCUUUGUUCAAAUCAAAUUAA